UUUAUUUUAUUUUUUAUGAGUAUGUUCAAUUGUUUUUUUACUUUCCAUCAUGGAUGUGUACUGAUAUAGGUACUAUGAAAAAAAUCUACACAAUAAUUUACAGUAUCAGAUAUCCGUGCUUUCUAAAUUGUGUUGUUUUUCCUCGUAACUCAUAACUCAUAAGUUCAAUUACAGAGAGCCUGUAUAUUAUUUUAUAUUAUUUAAAUAUAUCUAUAUAAAACAUAAUAUUCAACGGUCAAAAAUCAGGACAUUCAGAUUUUUUUGUGUAUUUAGUUCUUUACACAUUCUAAAAUGAAUAUAUUACCGAAAAAGAGGUGAGAAAUUUAAUUUUGGUUUUCGAAUUCUAGAUAUAAUUGUUUUCUCUUUUGGUUUUCUUUGUACUUAUAUAGGUUAGUAAAAAUAUAAUUAGAUCACAGUGCAGGUAAACCACCUACUUUAGGGAUGCUACAAUUAUGGACACAUCAAAGACUCAUGGGAACUAUACCCUCAUAAUUCUCUUUACACAUAUCUUAUAACAAACAACUACACAAUUUAUUUACAAUUUUAUGUAUACAAAUUGAUCAUAACUAUUUUAACAUUAUUUUUAAUACACUCAUGCAUGAUCUGUAGGGAAUUUGUAUUUUGUUUUGCUUAUUAAUUGUGAAAUAAUGGAAAAAAUAUUUCAUUGUUAGUUGUUAUUAUGAAAAAGCUUAUUAGGUUUUCUUUUAGGGCGCCAAAGACCCGCUAGCACUCCCCUAGUUGCGCCUAUGAAGUUAAUAGAUUUAGUUGCAUUUAUUAUCUUUGAAAUACUUCACUUUUGGUUAUUUUGGUUUAUUGUAUGUAUUACCUAGGUAUAUUUUACAUAAAUUGGAUUUUGUUAUUUACAAAAUUCAAUUAAAAUUUGUUAUUUUAUUAGUUUUAAAAUGAAUGUGGGAAUUGUUUUGUUUUUUUUUAUUUAUAGUUUUAUUUGUUCACUACUCACAAAAUUCAAUUUUUGAAAGGGUAAUAAAUUUCAUAUUUUUUUUUAAAUGAUAAAUUGAUAAUUCUUUCCUACUCCUACAGUGUAAACAUUAAAUGAUUAUAACUCAUGAACAAUAAAUCUGUUAUUAACAAUUAUUCUGUGUCCAAAAAGGGAUCACCCUGUAUUACUUGAUUAUUAGCAAAUGUCAGUAAUAAAAUUAUUAUGAAUUACAAACAAGACAAGAAUAAUAAAACAUAGAAGUACAUAAAUACUUAAUUUAUUAAUUUUAAAGGUGGCAUGUCCGAACCAAAGAUAACAUUGCACGCGUUAGGCGAGAUGAAGCACAAGCUGCUGAAGAAGAAAAAAAACUUAAAAUGAGAAUACAAUUAGCUGUAAGUAUAGUUAACAAUUAUUAUUAAAUAAUAUGAAUUACGAUUAAAUACCUUAAUUAAAACUACUAUUAAAUAUUAGCGAAGUGUUUUCACUGGUUGGUUCUUGUCAUUCAUUAUGGUUAUUAUAUCUAAAUUUGAUAGAUAGUACAAUUUUCAAAAUAAAAAUUUAAAAAAAAAAAAAAACAAUAUUAUUCACAAAUUAGUAUAGAUUAUUGAAUACAAUUUUAAAUAUCAAUUAUAAUAUUUAAGUUUUCAAUAUUCUGUUACUUUUUAAAGAAUUUAUCAAUCAUUUUGAUCUACAGCAUCUUUAAGUGUUCUCUAAAAAUCUCAGGGCCCUGACACCCUAUAUGUAACUUAUAUUUUAUAGAAUUAUAAACAAAGAUACCAAUUUAUUUUUUAUCAUUGUUUGCAAAAUAUACAUGAAUGUGAUCAAAUUGAAUAAUGUACACAAAUCUGUUAUUUACAAUCAAUGACAUUUUAAUAAGUUUAUAAUACUGCAAAAAUUGUUUUUUUUUUUUUUUUUUUAAUGUGUAUGUUUUAUAUAGUUUAUAUAAGGCACUCUUGUAACAAGUUAAAUAACUUAAUAGAUAAUUGUAAUUUAACUUAAUGGUUAAUAACUUACAUUUAAAAAUUAAUAGUUUUCAAAUAAUUUGUUGUUUUUAUAAUUAUUUAUAAAUAUAGGAUUAUUUUUUUUUUUUUACUUUAUUUAUUUAUUUCCAAUCACAUCAUAAUCUAAAUUAACAAUAGGAAACUUUUUAAUAUUAUUAACCGGUAACUAACAACCAUAAUAAUAAUAGUAAUAUUUAUGUUUUAUAUCAGGAACAAGAAGCAAAACUUACAUUGUUAAGAAACAAGUCAAAACAAAUAUAUGACGACUCUGCAGAUCGACCUGAAGAAACUAAACCAGAAGUUCUAAAUCAUGUUAAUUUUUUUCAAGAUCUUGAAGAUGGACAUGUGGCUCAUACAGGUGUCAACAAAGAACAUGAACAGGAAAAAAAAGAAGAAAAAGAAGCAUACGAAAAAAAAAUUGGUUACCUUACAUAUUUAGGACAAGACACUGAUGAAAUUACUGGCAAUGUACAAUGGUAUAAUAAAAAACCAAAGCGUUUGGAAAUAUGUAAAACUGAAAAAGAAAUUGAAACAAAAAUUAAAAUAUCUAAUGAUCCACUUAUGGUAAUGAAGAAAUAUAUUGAAAGUGAUAAAAAGGAUAGUAAAAUAUCAAAAGUAUUAAACAAAAAAAGGGAUGAUUCCCCAAUAAAAAAACAUAAGAAAAAAAAAAAGAAAAGAAAAAUGGAAAAAGAAAAAGAAAAAGAAAAAAUAGAUUUAGAAAAACUUAGAGAAAAAAGAUUAAAAAGAGAGAGAGAAGAGAGGUUUAGAGCUAGUCAAUUAAUAGCUAAAAUGAAUGGAGAUGUACCAAUAGAAGUUCCAAAAUUACAACCAAAACCAACUAUAGUACAAAAGUAUAAUUCUCAGUUUAAUCCAUAUUUAGCUAAACAAAAUUACCAAAACUAGCAUAACUAGUUUUAAUUCAUAAAAAAAAAAGAAAUGUUAAAAAUCUAUUUUUUUUUUUUUUUAUAUAUGUAUUCGAUAAUAUCUAAUCAAUGCUAUAAGUAUAUGCUUUUUAAAUUUAAAUUUUAGAGUAUUUACCGAAUAUUUUUAAUUGAUGAAACUACAUUUUUUUCAGUAUUUAUAAGUGCUUUAUUAAAAUAUGUUACUAAUUGGGACCAUCCAUUUACCACUGAACUAUUGUAUCAAAUUAGUUUUCCCACAAUUAGUUCUAUGUUCAAGCUCAGCAUAACAUUACUGAAGCAUCCCUAUUUGGAGUGGAGUUUUAUCCCUCACUAUAUAGCAACCAUUAGGGAGUAUAUUUUCACUGAAUUUGACUUUAUGGAAGAUGUUAAUCAAAGUUUGUCUUAUUUAAAAUUAAAUAUCACUUUUAAUUUAUAUUGGCACUGUAAUAAUUGAACUACAAUUUACAUGUCUCUAAUAAGUAUAAUGUAUACUAAUAUAUUAAUGUUAGUGUUUAAGUUGUUCUUAUUGAUAUUGUUUCUCAUUCCAUAGAGUUAAGAGAAAUACAAAUAUAUAAAUGAUUGCAAUUGUUAUAAGAGUAGCAAAAAGUUCAUUGUUAAUGGAAAUGAAAACUAUGACAUCAGGUUUUUAAUAUGAAUUAUGGAUAUAGUAUAGGUGCUUUUAUAUUUUCACCACACCUCGAAAUGUAUGUAAAAACCCAUGCAAAAAACUGAAGUUAAACAUUCAAAAUAAAUUAAUAAAGCAUAUAUUUCUAUUUAUAUACACAUUUUUACUAAAACAAGAUGUUUUAAAUAUAAUACGAUAAAGAAAUGUUUACAAUUUAUAUCAUAUUCAUAUUAAAAUGAUGCAAAUAAUAUUUUAAACAUGUAUACUAAUUUUCAUAUUUGCAAGAUUUAUUUUAUAUGCACUAAUAUGUUACGUCAGACUAUUUAUUCAAUCCAUGAACAGAAUUAAUAAAAUUAGAUACAUAAAAUGUCAAAAUAUAUUAGUCUGUACAUUCUUCUGUACACAAAUUAUAAUUCUUAUUUUUUCUAGUCAACAUAAUAUCAUGAAUAUACUUGAAGUUUUCAAUCUUGUUUUUACAAUAAAAUCUAAAGUAAAAGAUAAAUUAAUGUUAAUUCAUAAUAAAAGUUGUUUAACUUAAUCAAACAUAAUACCUACUUCAGCAGUGGCUUCUACAUAGAAGCUACAUAUUGUCUGAUGAUAUUUUUAGA